AUGAAGUUAAUCACUGAGACAGGGGAUAUUCUAGAAGUUUUCCAGGAAAAAGGAUCCAAAGGUAUUGAUUGGAAAAGCUAUGCUUUCUUCCUUGAAGUUCCUCUUCCAUUUAAGAUUUUAAUUGAAGCUACUGUCGGUCCAGGUGCCUCAGGGGAUAUUGCUAUUGAUGACAUUAGCAUAAAAAACGGAAUAUGUCAAGCAUCCACACAGAAGGCAACUGUAGCUAAAAGAAUUGUGACACAAAUAGAUUGUGCCUUUGAGGAAGAUGCAUGUAAUUUUACUUGGCAUCCUCAAUCAGUUGCAAAAGUCAUAACUUCCUCCCUAUCUGGAGAUGCCAGCCUAAUUGGAUCAUUGUUGAUUUUUACAUGGUUAUUAAAGGUAUGUGAACAUGUACGUCAAAACUCUCUCUUUCUCUCACUGUCUCUCUUUCUCUCACUGUCUCUCUUUCUCUCACUGUCUCUCUUUCUCUCACUGUCUCUCUUUCUCUCACUGUCUCUCUUUCUCUCACUGUCUCUCUUUCUCUCACUGUCUCUCUUUCUCUCACUGUCUCUCACUCUCUCUUUCUCUCACUGUCUCUCUUUCUUUCUCACUGUCUCUCUUUCUCUCACUGUCUCUCUUUUCUCACUGUCUCUCUUUCUCUCACUGUCUCUCUUUCUCCUUUUCUCUCUCUUUCUCUCCUGUCUCUCUUUCUCUCACUGUCUCUCUUUCUCUCACUGUCUCUUUCUCACUGUCUCUCUCUUGUCUCUCUUUUCUCACUGUCUCUCUCACUGUCUCUCUUCUCUCACUGUCUCUCUUUCUCUCACUGUCUCUCUUUCUCUCUGUGUCUCUCUUUCUCUCUUUCUGUCUCUCUUUCUCUCACUGUCUCUCUUUCUCUCCUGUCUCUCUUUCUCUCUCUCUCUCUCUUCACUCACUGUCUCUCUUUCUCACUGUCUCUCUCUCUCCUGUCUCUCUUUCUCUCACUGUCUCUCUUUCUCACUGUCUCUCUUUCUCUCACUGUCUCUUUCUCUCCUGUCUCUUCUCUCUCACUGUCUCUCUUUCUCUCACUGUCUCUCUUUCUCUCACUGUCACUCUCUUUCUCUCCUGUCUCUCUUUCUCUCACUGUCUCUCUUUUCUCACUGUCUCUCUUUCUCUCUGUCUCUCUUCUCACUGUCUCUCUUUCUCUCUGUCUCUUUCUCACUGUCUCUCUUUCUCUGUCUCUCUCUUUCUUUUCUCUCUCUCUCUUUUUUUUUUUUCCGUGAUUGUGAAUGA